AGCAUUGCACAACGUCACUCACCCGCGACACACCAGCAUCGUUGUGGUGUGUUGCUUUGAAAACAUAGCGCAUGUUUGUGAAAAUGAGAGGUUAUUUGUAAAAAGAAAACUAGAGGUGUUUAAAUCAGCUUGUUUUAGAAGUUCGUGUUGUGUUAUAAUAUAUUUAAAACACACUGAUUAAGAGAUCCAGAGCACAGACAACUGAAUUGUAUCGCCCUACCAAAGCCAUGACUGCAGAAGCCCCAGAAAAGUCAGCCGAGGAUGGCAUGAGCUCGGCGGGUGGUGCUGGAACUUCGGGUACACGUUUCGACCUGGACAAGGAGACAGAACUGCGUUUUGAGGUCGAAGCAGGAGAACGAGUCCAACUUGAGUUGUUAUCUGGUAUGGCAGAGGUGUUCGGAUCCGAGCUGAACAAAAACAAGAAAUACACCUUCGGGCCAGGUUCUAAGAUCGCUGUGUUCACCUGGCAUGGCUGCGGCGUGUCGCUUACAGGCAAAACAGAGGUGGCGUAUGUCUCCAAAGAUACACCAAUGAUGUUAUACCUCAACACACAUGCAGCACUAGAGCAGAUGAGACGUCAAGCAGAGAAAGAAAAUGAAAGAGGUCCAAGGGUUAUGGUGGUUGGUCCUACUGAUGUAGGAAAGUCAACAUUAUGUCGGGUGUUGCUGAACUAUGCUGUGCGACUGGGACGAAGGCCUACGCUGGUAGAACUGGAUGUUGGCCAAAGCAGUGUGUCUAUACCUGGAACUAUGGCAGGUCUGUGUAUUGAACGUCCUGCUGAUGUAGAGGAAGGUUUCUCUGUCCAGGCUCCGCUUGUCUUUCACUUUGGAUCAACAACACCAGGAACCAACAUCAAACUUUACAACAAGCUGACUUCAUGCCUCGCAGAAGUGUUCUCCCAGCGCUGUGAGGUGAACCGCAAAGCUAGCGUGGGUGGCUGUAUUAUCAACACCUGCGGCUGGGUCAAAGGUUCUGGCUACCAGGCUUUGGUCCACUGCGCUUCGGCCUUCGAGGUGGAUGUUGUUCUCGUCCUGGACCAGGAACGUCUCUACAAUGAGCUGAAACGUGACUUGCCACACUUUGUGCGUGUAGUCCUUCUGCCAAAGUCCGGUGGCGUUGUGGAGCGCUCCAAGGGCGGCCGACGAGAGUCACGGGAUGAAAAAAUCCGGGAAUACUUCUACGGAUUCCGUGGUACUAGCUUUUACCCUCACGCCUAUGACGUGCGCUUUUCAGACGUGCGCAUUUUCAAGAUCGGAGCACCCUCCAUCCCAGACUCUUGUCUGCCAUUGGGCAUGUCCCAGGACGACACCCAGCUAAAACUUGUCCCAGUUAGUCCAGGUCGGGAUCUGACCCACCACGUUUUGAGUGUCAGUUCUGUGGAUGAUGAUGCUGAGCCAGGUGACGGUCAGAGUAGAGGGAUCCUAGAGAGUCCGGUCUGUGGGUUUAUAGUUGUGACAGCGGUUGACACGCAGGCUCAAGUGAUGACUGUUCUCUCACCAGCGCCCAGGCCGCUGCCACGACACACUCUGCUCAUUAUGGACAUUCGUUUUAUUGAUCUCAAGUAAUUUAAUCUCAAAAUUGAAUGGGGAUUGUAUGUGAAACAAACGGAGACAUUGUGUUUACGAAGGUCAUUUGAAGAUCUCUACUGUAAGAUUGAGUAUUUAUAUCUGUUGUUCAAAAAGCAAAUUUUAAUUUUGUACAUUUCUUAAAGCUACCGUAUUAUAGUUUUUUAUUAUGACAGAUUUCAAUCAGUCCCUUUGAACAAAAAUAAAACAAUCCCAAACCAG